AUGACAAUGAGUAUCACUGAAGUAUUUGGAGAAUUUAGAUGUGGUAAGACUCAAUUAGCACAUACGUUAUGUGUAACUGCCCAAUUGCCCAAAGAAAUGGGUGGUGGUGAGGGGAAAGUUGCCUAUAUAGAUACUGAGGGAACAUUCAGACCCGAAAGGAUCAAACAAAUUGCCACCAAGUAUCAAUUAGAUCCAGAGGCAUGUUUGGGGAAUGUUUCCUACGCAAGAGCCUUAAAUAGUGAACAUCAAAUGGAAUUAGUGGAACAAAUUGGUGAGGAAUUGAGUUCAGGUGAAUACCGAUUAAUCAUUGUAGAUUCCAUUAUGGCAAAUUUUAGGGUUGAUUACUGCGGUAGAGGUGAAUUGAAUGAACGACAACAAAAACUAAAUCAACAUCUUUCCAAGUUAAAUAGAUUGGCAGAAGAAUUCAAUGUGGCUGUAUUUAUGACUAACCAGGUUCAAUCUGAUCCCGGUGCCUCAGCACUUUUUGCGUCUGCAGAUGGGAGGAAACCUGUUGGUGGUCAUAUCUUGGCUCAUGCAUCUGCUACAAGAAUAUUGUUAAGGAAAGGUCGUGGUGAUGAAAGAGUAGCUAAAUUACAAGAUUCUCCUGAUAUGCCCGAGAGAGAAUGUGUAUACAUCAUAGGAGAGAAUGGGAUUACUGAUUCCAAUGAAUAA